AUGCGCAGAGUGACACCAUUCGGCGAAUGCUGGUCAGGGGAGUCGGGGUUCUUCAUCAGAAUUAAUGGGUAGGUGACGCUGGGCCCCAGGAACGGUGGGGGUGAGUGGGAGCCCUCUAUGAAAGGCUAUGGGGGUCGUUAAUAGGGUUGUUAUGAGUCAAUGAAGGCCAGCCUUUGGUAUCUCAGCUGUUGGCUACAUUUCCCAUGAUGCUCCGGGUCCUAUAUAAACAAUGGUCCCACAGUGGUUGUGGUGUCUGGACACUAACAAGCUGCACAAGGUGUGUUUCCAUUAACACAGGCUUUAAUAGUGUUCUGUAAUGCUGUAUAUUGUAGAGCAGUACCCACCAAGUAAUACAUUUAUGUACACUUACCUGCAUGACACCGACCUGUCCAGCCAUACACCCCAAGAGUACAUAUCAGUUUAGGUACCUCUAAAGAAAUAGGGUUUUUUUUUUUUUGUUUUUUUUAAUACAAUAAAACAUUUCUUUAUGCUUUGGAUUAUAUAAUUAAAAUUUUUGACAAUUUUAAUAUUUUUAAUUCCUAAAGAAUUCACACUUUACAGAAUUAUUCACUAAGCAACAAAUUCUGGAUCUGAAUGGUAAGAUUAAUAAAAAAAAAAAAUAGUUGAUCUGGAAAUUUUUGACUUAAGUGGUCACUGUGCUUGGAGUAUCCCUUGAAGUGAUUUGAAGUGGUUAUGGAGUCUGAUUUUGUAGCUUUUCACUAUGAAAAGCCUGCACGUAGAGGUUAACUCUGGACGUCCUCACACUAUGCUAUAAUCUCUCAAAACCCUAUAGCAGGGACGUAUCUUACACGAGGAAAACAAGGCAUCUGCCUUGGGCGGCACUUUGCAGGGGGCAGAAAAAAAAGCCGCCCCCAAACGCCCAGGCAGAUCCCUUGUUUGCCUUGUGUCCUGGGGGCUCAAGAGCUGGCCAGCUGGCCACUUUUGAGCCCCCACAAAGCUGGUGGCGGGUAACGAGGUAGCAUACUCACCUGAGCUCUUCCUGCUCAUCUCCCUUCGCGUCGCUUAAUAAAGCCGCAAGCCGAAAUGACGUCGCUCUGGCUCCCGGCAUCACUAAGCGGCGCAUAAGGGAGCUGAGCAGGAAUAUCAGAGCUCCAUUGCCGCCUACUCUGCCUGUCCGCCCCCUGCCUGCCUGCCCGCCCAGCAGCCCUACUGGAUAGGUAAGUAAUCCACUCCAGCUCUCCCAGGGAGACUGGGUGGAUUUAAAAUUAAGAAAAUAAUAAAAAUUUGUGAGUGUUGGGGGAAAUGUGUGUGUGUGUGUGUGUGUGUAUGUGUGUGUAUGUGUGUGUGUAUAUAUAUAUAUAUAUAUAUAUAUAUAUGUGUGUGUGUCCCCGAGUAAUAGUGUGUCUAUCAGUGUGUGUGUGUUUUGUCAUUGUUUGUCUGUCAAUGAGUGUAUGCAUCUAUCAGUAAGUGUGUGCUUCUGUCAGUCAAAGUGCUGCCUUGACUGGAAGGGGUGGGGAAAAUUUGAAUUAAGGGGGCGUGGGGGGCUGAGCAUUGUCUUGCCUAGGGCAGCACAAAUCUUAAAUACACCACUGCCCUAUAGGAAUUAAUAAUACAAUGCUUUCUUAUGGGGAAACUCCUAAUGUGCGCGCUGCACAUGCGCAUUAGGUCCCCCUAUUUGGAUGACAUUGGCAGGGGAGCAGUGGAGGCAGAGUCUGAAUCAGCACCGAGGGGCAUUGGGGACUAGAAUAGGUAAGUGAUAGGAGUAGUUUUUAACUCCUUCACUAGAACAUUUAUAUAUAUAUAAAAUGUAAUAAUAUACUCACUACUUUUUAUUUUUUAUUUUAUUUUUUUAGUUUCCAUUUAUUCACUUGCUACCUACAGCUGGACGUUACCAUCAUAAUCCAAGAAAUGUCAGCCCAGGUAAAAUAACAUUGAAUUCAUCCAUUUCUAUCUUUUUUUUUUUUUAAAUUCUUUAUUUAAUACUGCUUAAGAGAUACACAGUAGCAUACCACAUUUUUAUAAAAAAACAACAAAGCUAACAGCCAGAACAACAGUAAUAUAAAAAGAUAAUAUAACCUGAAAGUAUCAGAGGCAUGUUCAAGUACCUUUUUAUAACCAUCGCAAGCAAGAGAGCAAAUCACUGCCCAAAGAAGUCAGGAGGCAUAUAAUGCAGUGGAGGUAAAGUGUCUAAAGAUAUUUAGUAACAGACCUCUUCAUUAGAAUUAAAAGACUUUGAAAAAUGAAAUAUGACAAAUCAAUAAAGGCUAUAGUGUAAGAAAUGUCAGAAAUAGACAAUUUAUUGAGCUUUAAAUUCUCAUUACUCUUCCUCCACUGAAUAAGACAAUAUGACUUGACAUACCAUGAGAAUAGAAAGAAGAGAUAACCAACUAUAGUGAGGAAAGUAGAUAAGGAGGAAAGAGCCUGAAAGAAAAAGGGGGGAAAAUAUAGAGAGAAGCUAGAAAAAGCAGAAGAAAGGAGAGCGAGAACAACCUCACCCACUGUGGAUACGAAGUUAAGCCUAAAGGAACUGCUGUUAAAGUUUCUUAAAGGGACACUAUAGUCACCUGAACAACUUUAGCUUAAUGAAGCAGUUUUGGUGUAUAGAACAUUUCCCUGCAGCCUCACUGCUCAAUCCUCUGCCAUUUAGGAGUUAAAUCCCUUUGUUUAUGAACCCUAGUCACACCUCCCUGUAUGUGACUUGCACAGCCUUCCAUAAACACUUCCUGUAAAGAGAGCCCUAUUUAGGCUUUCUUUAUUGCAAGUUCUGUUUAAUUAAGAUUUUCUUAUCCCCUGCUAUGUUAAUAGCUUGCUAGACCCUGCCAGAGCCUCCUGUAUGUGGUUAAAGUUCAAUUUAGAGAUUGAGAUACAAUUAUUUAAGGUAAAUCACAUCUGUUUGAAGGUGAAACCAGUUAUUUUUUUCAUGCAUGCUCUGUCAAUCAAAGCCAGGGGAGGUGUGACUAGGGCUGCAUAAACAGAAACAAAGUGAUUUAACUCCUAAAUGACAGUGAAUUGAGCAGUGAAAUUGCAGGGGAAUGAUCUAUACACUAAAACUGCUUUAUUUAGCUAAAGUAAUUUAGGUGACUAUAGUGUUCCUUUAAGUUUGGUCAAAUUCAACCCACGGAUCCCAGGUUUUCUGGAAGGAGGGGAGAGAAUUGCGAACUAUUGCAGUACGUUGAUCCAUUACAUAAUGUUUAACUUUAAUCUCCUUCCUUGAUGGAAUCCCAUCUCACCAUUUAGUUGCUAGUAAUGUUCUACCUGCAAUCGUUAUCCUACUAUAUAGCUUUUGCGAAUGUGAUGAGUCUCUCCACGUGGCGCGAAAGCAACAGUGACCAUGGGUCAAAUAGUCUAUGUGGAAAAGUGCUUGGAGAAAGUUUCCCACCUCCCUCCAGAAUGUAGCUAAUUUUUAGCAUUCCCACCACAUGUCAUGUUAAGAACCUUUUAUGACUGCAGUUUUUCCCCAUACUAUGAAACUGAACCGGGGUCGUGUGCUGAUGAAAUAGAAUUUUAUACAUUUAUUGGGAGGCAAUGCAGACUGAAACCUAGCAGCUGUCUCCCACAUGUCUGCUCACACAAUGCCCUUCAACUCCCCUCCCAGAUUCUCCUUCCACUUGCUAACAUAACUUAGGCAUCCCCAUUCUUUAGAAUGUAAACAGAUAUGAUUAAACAGAAGUGUGAUUAAGCACUUCUGGUAUUCCCCUCUCAAGCACAGCUCCUCAAAAAUGUGAGUUCUUUUUCCACUACUUUCUGAAUUCCUUCAAAGUGGGCAAAGUUACAGACUUAUAUUCCUCCUAAUAAAAAAAUUGUCUAAAGGUACAUCUCUAAGCAUCAUAAUCACUACAUGUCCCUGUAGUAGUUAUGGUAGCAAGAGUGAAUUGGUCCUUUUUUAUUGUAGUUUAUCAAAAUGUUUCAAUACAGUCUGUUAUUUACAUGGACACCUGCUGCUAAGGUAGGAGAAGCGAGAUGCCUAUAUAGGUGUUCAUUUGUUGGCUCAGAGUUUCAUAUCAGCACUUUUGGCCAAUUAAUGCAUUGAAUUCACUCCUGUAACAAAACUGACAUUCAGUUUCUCUAACUCUUGGAAGACCAGGUCCGGGGGCGAGUGCCCAGUGACACCUAGAUGUGUGUUAAACUGUACUAAAACGGUUAACAGAUUUUUAAGGGAUCACGCCAGGGUAAUCCCUACACCCUAACCAAUACAGCGGGAUGUGGUGGUUGUAGUACUUGGAGUGUUCCUUUAAAAACUAAAAGCCUAUUGUAGCGUUUGUUCAAAAUAUGUCUGUUGGAUGGAUGAAAUUAUGGUUCAUUUUUGUGUCCAAAGCUUUUCAGGUGGUAUAACGCCACCUCAAUGACUUUGCUUAAAAAUGUCGAAGGCUGCAAAGCAAUGGAAUCAUGAUACACAGCUGUAACUAAUUGAUCUUAAUCUUUUUAUGCCUUUCUCUUGACAGUUUCUCUUUAAGUCUGUGCCAGACAAAAACAAAUUAUUCUUGUUCGUUAUUAAACAUUUACACGAUUGAAAUAAGCCUUUCUUUGUGUGUGUGUGUGUUUUUUUUUUUUUUUAGAUCCCUGUCACAUUCUGCGAUGUUGCCGCUUCUUUUACAGAGGACCAGUGGCUGCGUCUGGAUGGAUGGAAGAAGGUGGUCUAUCAAAAUGUGAUUAAAGAAAUCCAUGAAGUUUUAUUGACACUAGGUGAGUCUUCACGGUGAUACAAUUCAUCUAAAAACAAGAUUUAUAUUACAGGGGCAAACUAAAGGAUUUUCCUGUAAAAUAAAUAAAAAAUAUAAAAGAAACCCCUUUUAAGUCUAACCUAGCAAGUUACUAAAUAAUUGAAGAUGGCAAUGAAUAUUCUUUGGCCAGAAACAGUGCCCCGCCCCUUGGUUGUAGCACUGCAUAUAACACUGUAAUAUCCCAUAACAUUCUAUGCUAUUCUAAUAAUCCUAUUUAAAACCUACCCAUUUAAUGUAUGCAGGUCUUGAUAAGGCUUUUGAUGCCAAAAAGGCAGUACAUGCCUGGCUGGUGUGGAACUUGAAGGCAUUUUCAUGACUGCUUGAAAUGUAACUUAUCUGUAAGGGCCAGCUCAGAAUAGAUUUUUGACAUGAGUCUAAAUAUAGUAGCAACACAGCUCUGUGCACUUCCAUAAUAUUGUAUUUUAAUGCUGUAAUAUUUUUUUGACAGGUUAUACAAUUACAAAUCCAGAUGUUAUUUUUAACAUUAAUAAAGCGAAUAAAUCCUGUGUUCGCAUUGACUCUUCAUCUGCGGAAAGGAAAUGCACACCUGUUGGAGGUAAUCUUGAUGUUUGUUAUUUCUGUUUAUUUUAUUUAUUUUUUUUAAACUGGUUUGCCUUUUGUUUUGAUGCCUAAUUAUGUGUUUAAAGGGAAAUUUACAAAAUCAUUCCUUCAUGACAGUGUGUUUUGGUGUAGCAGCACCAAUCACAACUGUUUGAACAUCCCAUGAAAAUGCACAGUUCAUUGAGUGUCCGAUACCGGCAUCCUCUAUAUCUUGUCUGAGAAGAGCUGCCAAUACUGUUGCGGUAGUCUAAAGUGGAAACUGGAAAUACUGGGUGAAAAGUGUGCUGCUCUAGUUCAAUGACCUCAUGAUCCUAUAGUGACCUUAUUACUCUAGUAGUGUUAGUAGUUUAUCUAACUAUGAGUUCCCAGCAGCUCAUUCUCUCUGUGCAGCUUGGACUAUUGAAGAGGCAAUGGGCGCAGCUGUGAUUGGCUGAAAGUGUCAGCUGAUCACAUUCAACCUAGCACAGUAUGUAUCAGUAUGGCUAAAAGGAAGUGUGAAAUCUCUGCCAUAGCCACAACUCCAGUGAAGGCGGGGCUGUAGAAAGCCAGGGACCCUUAUUUAGUUUUAAAUUGCUCGAAAAUGGUUUAACAUUGAAUGGAGGGACAGUACCAGGGGACUACUUGCACUAUAACCAAUACCGAGAGAUGAAAUGGUUAUAGCGAUGAAAUGGUUAUAGCGACUACAGUGUCCCUUAAUAGCAAAACAUGAUAUUUAGUACUUCGCCAUGUGUUGAUGGCAAUUCAUGUAUUUUGAUAAGCCAUGUGAAACAAGGACACAAUCUUAUCUAGUUAAUAUGUUAGUAUGUUUCCUGCAGUUGAAACUUGUGUUGUAGAAAGUUUUAUUGCUGGGAUGAGAAAACAACCCUCGUGGUAUCCCAUAUGAGCUCAACUGUUUUUUAUGGAAAUAUAGUAAUAGUGAAAUGACUUGUAUGGCUUUGAGCUCCCCUAUUAUGGAGCGUACACAUUUUUGCCCAUAUAAAUUUGUAAUUGGGAUAUUUUUAUUUUUUUAUUUUUUAUUCUUAGACACUCCUGAUCUUUUAGUAAGGAUUAAAGAAGAAACUCCAGAAGAGACAACUUGCAGUGAAGAAAAAAUGGGUGUGAAAGGUGGGUCUUCCAAAAUGAAUACCAGUAUGUUACUUAUUUUUUCCUUUUCUUGUAGAACAUAAUGCUUUUACUUCAAUAUCCUUGUUGCUGUUUAACCUUAAGGACCAAACUUCUGGAAUAAAAGGGAAUCAUGACAUGUCUCCUUAAGGGGUUAAUGUUGUUUAACUGCAAAUAAAACCUGCGUUUUGAAAGUCUUUUGGGGUUCUCUGAAAUCUGACAUGUGCUUUACUUUUCUCUGCUACUCUCCUUACACACCUUAAACACGUCGAUAUUUCUUACUGUGGUGAAAGAAAUAGGAACUAUCACUUUUAAAAGCAUGGCACAAUCCCCUCGUUUCUUUCCCCUUUUUUUCCAAUUUCUUUUUAGUAGAAAAAAAAACUUAAAAAAAAUAAAAAUGUUUUUUUUGCAUUUCAGGGAUUCACAUAAACUUAUGUUUAUGUAUGUGUUGAAAUCAAAUCAAACAUCUCAUACAAAAAAACCCACAAACAUAAAACAAACAAUUCCCAUAGAUGCAGAAAUAGAUUUGGGAAAUAUCAAACUAUUGGUAAUAACCACAGCCCUGUUUCCAAUUAAUUUGCGAGUGUUCUAAAUAUUUUAUUUAAUUAUUUGCUUUUAAAAAUUAUGGUUGAAAAGAGCUGUAUUAUUGAAGUAGCUCAAUUAUAAACUUUUUUUUUUUUUUUGUGCAGCAUAUCCUGUUGUUGGCUCCGUUGUAUCUUUAAACAUCAGAGAACAGGCAACAAGUGAGAAAUGCUGUCUGAGUACAAGAGCUAAGCCAAUAGGUGAGUAUUGUACAGUUUUUGUAAAUUGUUGGAUAAUUUUACAAUGUGGACAGUAGUUUUCUGUCUGCAUGUGGACUUUUUUUUUAAUGUAAGUGUCAGUCCUGCAUACUUGAUUGGUGUUCAGUUACAUUUCUGUUGUACAAAACUCUAUUUUGAUUUUUUUUCUUUUGUACGAAAUAAUGUGUAUAUUUAUAAAUGAGAGAUGGGUCUAUGUUUCUCUCCCAAGCAUCUCCUGAUGUUUGCUGCUGCUGCUGUCCAGCACUUCUCUAGCUGUUAUUAGGAAGAUGGAUUGAUUCAACAGUGGCUGAAUCAAUCAUUCGAAUAGCGGCCCUGGAGUGUAACUUCCAUGUAAUUUCUAUUAAUAUUGGUCAGGCUGGGACAUUAGAAAGUGUGUAUUUACAGCAUCAGUCACAUUGUAAAUUAUGUUUUGUAUAUAGUCGGCAGAUCAUGCUUCCAAAUCUCCUAACAUAUGUUGGGGUGUGACACUGUGUGCAUUCAAACUGUAAUGCACUGUGUGAUUUGACAUUGUGCAAUGUGAGAACCCUAAUAUCAGGAAAGCAUACAUACCGUGGCCUGCUCAAGAGGAGCUGAAUCAAGGACAGCAACCACAUAACUCCCAGCAAUCACCAGCAGACCAGAAUAUUUAUGCUGCAAUAAUUUAAAAGUGUAACUUUCAUGCUACACACACACAUUUGUUUUAAAUUUAGCAUAAUAACAUUUAAUCUUUAUAGAAGUGCUGGCACAUACCCAGAUUUUUAUAUCUGUAAGGUUUCAGCAUAGAAAGCUGUGCAGACACAAGCCAUAUUCCAUAAGUUGUAAUGGAAUCGCCCAGAAAAACCAUUGAUAUAAUACGUAAACGUCCAAACAGUGUAGGGUUCAUGUAAGAUUGAUCUGUCUUGUUUUGACAUAGAAAUAAAUCUUCAUGCUUGGGGUGAGUUUUUGAUCGAAAAUACACUCAGCAGUCUGACAAGGACUACCUUACCUUUAUGUAGCUGCUGCAAAGAUUCAGGUAGAAAAGGUCUUCUGUUGUAGAAGCUUGCUUUAUUUUCUGUGUAACUUGACUGUUGGCUGAUAAACACAGGUAAGGAUUAUAUAGAGCACAAUACAUAAGGAGACAUGCAAGUAAAGGGAGCCCUGUCCAUGAGCCUGAAAUAUUUGCACAAAGUGCAUGAGAGGAGCUUACAAUCUUAAACUAUAAGAAUGAUUUGAAUAUUGAUCACAAUUUCAUUAAUAGUUUCUAUUGGUAUCACAGCCCCUAUUUUGCUGAAAGAAGAGGAAGAUAAUCGCAAAAGGAGUAAACAAUCAUCAGUUAAUGUCAGCACUGGUAAGUAAUUUUAAUUACAAUUUAGGUACUGUAAAUCUUCUAUUAACUUUGAAAUAUGUGAGCAACAAAUAUGAUUAAAAGAUUCAACUACAAAAUAAGAGGUAUUGCAUAUGUUACUCUUUAAGAAGACACUUUUUUUUUUUUUUCUUUUGUCCUGCACAAUUUCAUUGUCAGUUUCUGUAGAAGUACAAGUUCCAGCUAUGGUGACACAAGAGGCCAGGCUUCAAGAACAGUUGCAGUCAACUGGACAUGGUGACACAGUAAAUGACGAGCCAGGAAUAGGUAUUUACCAAAGCAAAUGAGCACCAAAUAUGACAACAUAGACUUCUACGACCAUUUACUAAUUUCAUCGAUGUAUUGUUAUUAUUCAACUGGAGGUGGCAACAUUUGUUACAUUUGCAAAUGAUCUGUGUUGCAUUUAGAACCAAGAAUAUAAAAAGCCUUUGGUUGUUUCUGCUACGUGAUUAAAUGUAAACAUUUCUAUAGGUAAAACUGUUCCUGUUGUGGUAAAGGAAGAGGAUGCUGAUGUUGAUCCUACAGAAAUACAAUCUACAAGUCACAGCAAUACUGGUAAUUGGUGUUUAUUAACUUUACCGUUUUUUGCUAGUCAUAGAAAAUAAAAUUUUAUUAAAGAAAACAAACACAACUGAAAACAUAUUCAAAUAUAAAAAGAAAAACAACUGACUGGAGAAUUUUUCCAGUUAGGCUGUUUUGUUUUAUUUAUUUAUUUAUUUAUUUUAAUUCCAAUUUUAUUGGUAUAUCAAAUAGUCAAGGUGGGUACCGAAAGAAAAAGAGGGGAGGGAUUUUAAACGUGUUACAAGUUUUCAAUAUCACAGUAGUUAUACAUAAGAUUGAUAUGGUGUUCGUUAUUUCAUCAAGCAUGGUACAAUGUAAUACCGGAGAGGAUUGCAUAUAUUUCCGUUUUCAAUAUCAAGAAGGUUUCCCAGGUCCUCUCCUACACAGUUUUUCGGUAUUUAUGUUUGUCAUACCUGUGAUUUAUAUAAGGCUUAUAUAGUCUGUUAUGUAUGCUCUUUGUAUGCAUAUUCCGAAGUAACUUAAAACUGGGUCUGGAGGUUAAACAAUUUGGAGAGGGUGUGAGUUUGAGGGGUUGGUCAGAGGAGGGGAUGGGGGGGGGGGAGCGUGGGUUGAUAGGAGUGGGGGGGAAUGGUACAGUGGUUGAAGGUACAAUGUGUUUAUUUUCUAGUUUUAAGUUGGGUAUGACUGGUUCUGUGCCCAGUAUUGUAUCCAGGGUUUCCAUGUGCUCAGGUAUCUGUUGCAUUUGCCCAGUGUUUACCAGUGGAGAUUUUCCAUUUCUCUUGUUCGUUCUACUCUUUCUAUCCACUGGGUCACUGUGAGGGUUGUGUUUUUUUUCCAAUAUAUUGGGAUGAGGUUGUUUGCUUCACCCAGCAGUAACCAUAACAAAUGUUGAGUUUGGCUGUUUUUGACUAGAAGUUGAAAUCUACUUAGAAUUUUAACAAUUUACACUUUAGUGGAUAACACUGCUGCUAUAUAGGCACAAAAACAAAACUUGCUUAUUCAUAAAUACAGUUUAUUAUACAACGGUCUUUAACUUGUGGCAGACCAAUUUCAGUUACCUACACUGAUACAAGCAAUAAAUCUUAUCAUUCUUGUUAGAUUUCCAUCUAGGGUAGCAAAUGAUGAGGCAUAUGUAAAAGAAAAACAAACUCUUAAUGUAGAACAUCAUAUGAUAAUAACAUAGGGUGUAUAAUCUGUGUACAACUAGAAGAAAAACUCGCAUAACUCUGUGGCGGUCUGAGAUCAGUGUAGAACCCCUCAGAUGGAAUCAUCCUUACUUAGGACAAGAGCAUAUUAGAAAGUAUCUGUCUUUUUAAUGUUGUGGGGAAGCUUAUGAUCUUACCGCUGCAAUUUGGCCUCCUAUUUUGACUUGACACUUUGCUCCUUUGUACAUCGCCACUUGCCAGACGCAUUAGGAGGGCAAAUGCUGCAAGCAAUAAGUCUAAAAAUCAUAAACUUUUAAAAUGAAAAGCAAUAUAAAAUGCUCAUAUUUUACAACAAGUGCUUACAGGUGAUACCUCUUUUAUCAUAAUAAUAUUAUGUAUAUAUUUUCUAGCAAUUUGGCCUGUUGUGGUGAAACAAGAGGAGAACGUUCUCUUUGAGGAAAUAUCACUUACAGGCCGCAGUAGCACAUGUAAGUAAUUUUACUAACCGGAAUAGAUACCUACUAUUUUAUUGAUAUGCCCCCACUGAUGCAUGCUUUUUUUUUUUUUCUUUUUUUUUAAUAAUUUUAAAAGAUUCACAUCUUUUACAUUGUUAUUUUGAGGCAUUUAGUGCACCUUAUUUUAUGUUUACAUUUUAGUGCACAGCGCACCUUAUUUUUUGUUAACAUUUAUAUAUUGUCACAUGAUUUUUACUCCAAAUCAUUGUUUUAAAUGUUUCAUAUUGAAUUGUAUAACUGCACAUCUAACUGAAUAGGCCUGUCUUUUCCUAUUUGUUAACACUUAGAACCAGAACACUGUGGCAAAAAUCUGUGCAUAAAAUAAAUCCUAUCUUUAAAUUAUCUUUACUAGAUUUGGUUUAGUGGGUGUUGGUGAUCAGCAUAUCCUCGGCAGUCACUAAUAACAGUGAUAAGUAUAUGAUUAUAAAGUGUAGGUGGCAAGAUUAAUUCUACUUUCGAGAUAAUCUGUUUUACAAGCUUAAAAUAAUGUAAAUGUGGAAGAUGCGUUAUUGUUUUGUAACUUACAUUUUUUAUUUAUUGGUAUAACAGUUAAUAUUGUGGUGAAACAUGAGGAGGUCGAUUACAAUGAAAUGCAGUCUACAGGUCACACUAACAGCACAGGUGAGGUCAUUUUUAUUAAUGAUAUACUGAUAUAUCUCAAAUGGCUUUAAACGUACAUACACUUAACAAAGCUGGACUAUGGGACUAAAUAUGAUAAAGGAGCUUUCUAUUUAUUUUCUUGUAUAGCAAUACAAGAAUACCAAAAAGCAUAUUUGGCAUAAUACUCUUGUUUUCUACCUUCUGGAUUUACACACCAUCAUGAUGUCAGCUGGUUGGUUGGCUCUCAGUGACUUCUUGCAUGGUGGUUAAUUACAUAUUACUAUUGAACAUUGUAUAACAAAGGACUCCCAUCAUGAGAUUAUCUCCUGGCUUCCCAAGCCUCAACCCCCCUCCAAAUCUCACAUUUUAUAGGAAGAUUAUCAACUUCUAUCUUAGAAAUGGAUCAAUAAAUGUUGGAUUCUCACACUACCGUACUCUGUUUUCAUCAUAUCCAUUCAUUUCAUACAUGGUAAUUAUUGCUUAUUCAUAUAAUUUGUAAUUAUAGAUGUAUAAUAUAUAAAACCCAGGUAUUAAUGUUUGUAACCGUGAUACAGAAAGACAGAAAUGUGUUUCUCUGUAGGAUAAAAGCAGCCUGUGAGGCAAAAGGGAAUGAGCUUCAAAGAGUAAAUUUCAUUUUGCAUUGCUUUGAAAUACAAAACAAUCAUUAGUCUGUGUAUAUAUGUGUAUGCAUGUAUGUAUAUAUGUGUGUGUGUGUAUAUAUAUAUAUAUAUAUAUAUAUAUAUAUAUAUAUAUAUAUAUAUAUAUACAUACACAACAUGAUGGGUUGAUGGAGUACACUGCUUUUACUAAAACAAAAUGUUUUCCCUAUUCCAAUUCAUUUUCCUGGUUUGUUAGUUUCAUUAAAUUCAGUAGCACUGUGGAAUGGGUAAUUAAAACAUAAAGGUAUACGGUGAUAAAACACACUUUGAUAAUUAAAAACAAAUGGUGAUACGGCCCCUGCUCAAAUGAAUUUAUUGAUCUAUGAUACUCACUUCUAGUGUAAAUUCUUGUAAAACCUUAUGCAUUCCAGCUGCAAAUAAGAUCUUAUAUAUUGUUGCCAAGGUACUAAUAUUAAAAGGCACAUUGUACCAAAAGAGAGAUUAUCACAAUGUCAGCAACACUUAUAAUUUUUAAUGUAAAUAUUUACUGUAGUUUUUAACAAUUUUCUUAAGAAAUGUCAAUGUAGCUAUUAAACUUGAAAUUUAUUUUCUUAGUGUAGUGUUUAAAUAUGUCCAUUUGAAAAGAAAUUCCAUGCAAGUCUAUAGAUAUUACAAUAAGUCUUGCCUACAUUUGUAUUAUGCCCCUUUUGCUGCCAGAGGAUUGCAGACACGUGCUGUUGUCGUCUUCGGUAGCAAAGGGAUUAAAUAACUAUUUUUUUCCCCACAAUAUAAUAAUUCUACCAUAAUAAAUUAAAUCACAUUCAUUUGGUCCCUGCAGCGAAAAUGUUGGCUCGCCUUCAAAACCAUUCUGUUGAGGAUACGAUUUCAGAGGAGCAUCAUAACAUAAACACACUCCGAAAAACAAUGUCUGACAUCGCAACCAUUCGUACAUUUUUAACAGAAUUGAAAGAAAAACGUGACAUACAGAAUAUCCCUCACCAGGAGUUAGAUUCACUUAUGUCCCGUUUCAUCACCGCAGCACGUCGACAAGAUGGACGACAGUAUGAGCCUCAUACACUACGCUGCAUGAUAGGAAGCCUAGAUCGAUAUUUGAAAAUGCAUAAAUACCCUUAUAAUAUUCGCUUUGGCGAAUCGAGAGAUUUCCCAUUAACUAGAGAAUCUUUAAAUGUGAAACAGAAAAUCCUUAAAAAGGAAGGAAAAGGUAAGCCAUCCAAAAGACCUGCAGUUCUUACUGAUGCAGAUAUAGAACAUUUAUAUACAUCUGGCAUCUUAUCUAUGGACAAUCCAACCAGCCUGUUAAAUCUGAUACUUUUUAAUAAUGGCAUACACUUCGGCUUUCGUAUUCGAGAACAAUACGACCUCCGCUGGGGAGAUAUUAUGCUUUUAACAGAUACUGCGGGUAAUAAAUAUCUUGAAUUUAAUGAACAUCAGACUAAAACAUGUUCUGGUGAAAAUCCUGCAAACUUCAAGCGAGUGAAACCUCGUAUAUACUCUACACUGCAAAUUCCUAGCAGAGACCCAGUUGCAGCUUAUAUAAAAUAUGCAAACAGUAGACCGAAAUCUAUGAUGAAUCCAGAUUCUCCGUUUUAUCUAGCACCAAAUGUAAAUUAUAAACCAUUACACUCUCGGUGGUUUCAUUCAAUGAAAAUAGGUAUAAACAAAAUGCGUCGUCUGAUGAAGCAUAUGAGAUAUGACUCUGUGUUACCACGAAACAAGAAACUAACUUACCAUUCAACUUGGAAAACCACAGUCCAAAAACCAAUGGAGAGUCAUUUACAGCCUCCAGAAAAAAAUCAAGUUUCUUCUCACAGGAGUCUGCAAAGAAUCAACCAUUACUCUUCUUUAACAGAGAGGAAGCAACACCAGAGAUCUGGCUUUCUCCAAACACCUUCAACAUCUGCUUCAUCAGACAGUCUGCCCAUCCAAACCAUGCCUAAUCUGUUCACCUCACCGUUUGCGGUGCCAUCUGAUUCCUCCGAUACAAUGAUUUCCAAAAGAAACAGGUUAAAUGCAGUUAUCUGGGAAAACUGUCUGUUGAGGAACUCCGAUGUAAACCUAAAUGUUUAUAAUCACACAACUCCUGAUUCUUACAAAAAACGUAAGAGAGAGAUGUAG